ACCCUAAUCUCUCACAAACACAACACAAACUCACAAAAACACAAACCUUUCUUCUUCGUCUUCUCCGAUCAAAACCAUGGCGAACCCUAAAGUUUUCUUCGACAUGACCGUCGGUGGGCAAUCAGCUGGUCGGAUCGUGAUGGAGCUUUUCGCAGACACGACACCAGAAACCGCCGAGAAUUUCAGAGCACUCUGUACCGGAGAGAGAGGAAUGGGCAAAUCAGGCAAGCCUUUGCACUACAAAGGAUCGAGCUUUCACCGUGUGAUCCCCAAAUUCAUGUGCCAAGGUGGAGACUUUACCGCCGGGAACGGGACCGGAGGGGAAUCAAUCUACGGGAUGAAGUUCAAAGACGAGAACUUUAUCAAGAAACACACCGGACCAGGUAUCUUGUCAAUGGCCAACGCUGGUCCGAACACGAACGGAUCUCAGUUUUUUAUCUGUACUGAGAAGACUUCGUGGCUCGAUGGGAAACAUGUUGUGUUUGGUCAAGUUGUUGAAGGUUUGAAUGUUGUUAGAGAUAUUGAGAAGGUUGGAUCUGAUUCUGGAAGGACCUCUAAGGCUGUUGUCAUUGCUGAUUGUGGUCAGAUUUCUUAGAUCUGAAGGAUGAUGAUGAUGGUGAUGGUGAUGAGUAUUACAAUGGUAGCUUUGUGUUGUUUCUUUUGAUGUUUUUUUCUGGUUUCUGUUUCUUGGAUUCUGUUGUCUUUGCUUCUCAGUUUGGCUACCAUUGAAUAAUAAUGAGAAUAAAUCUUCUAGGAUUAUUA